CGAGUGUGUGUGUGCUGAACUGAGCGGAGGUGAAGAAGAGGAGGAUGAAGCUUGGAGCGGAGGAUGGGAGGAAGAGUGGAGUAAGAGACAGGCUAGCUGUAUGUGAAUGAGUGAGUGAAGAAGAGGAGAAGGUCGUCUGAGGGGCCGAAGAAAAGAGGAUACUUUUGUUUUUUGGGGACGAUCUCCGGAUCUUUACUAAGGGAAACUUUCAACUUUUUACCCGCCACAGCUCGGCUUGUGCCCGGAGCCGGCUUUGUUUCGCGGCGGGGGUGUCUGAGAUAAAUGAAGGAAUAAAAGAGAAGCCGUUGAUAUUUUUUACCCAAGCAGGGAAUACCCUGGGAUUGAUUUAAAUACCGGUUGCAAGAGGAUGGCGGCCAAUAUGUACCGAGUGGGAGACUAUGUUUACUUCGAGAACUCCUCCAGCAACCCAUACCUGAUCCGGAGAAUAGAAGAACUCAACAAGACGGCCAAUGGGAAUGUGGAGGCGAAAGUGGUGUGUCUGUUCAGGAGGCGAGACAUCUCAGGCAACCUCAACACUCUGGCAGACAGCAACGCAAGAGAAUUUGAGGAGGAGUCGAAGCAGCCGUCCCUGUCUGAACAACAGAAACACCAGCUGAAACACAGGGAGCUCUUUCUGUCCCGGCAGUUUGAAUCUCUACCUGCCACUCAUAUACGAGGGAAAUGUAACGUCACCCUUCUUAAUGAAACUGAUGUCCUGGUUGGUUACCUGGAGAAAGAAGACUGUUUCUUCUACUCGUUGGUGUUUGACCCUGUCCAAAAGACGCUGCUGGCAGACCAAGGGGAGAUCCGAGUGGGCUCUAAAUACCAGGCAGAGAUUCCUGACAAACUAACUGAAGGUGAACUUGACACCCGGGUCCAGGAGAAGAUGGAAACUAAAGUUUGGGACCCCAACAAUCAGCUCAAAGAUGCACAGAUCGACCAGUUCCUUGUUGUUGCCAGAGCUGUGGGCACGUUUGCUCGGGCCUUGGACUGCAGCAGCUCCAUCCGUCAGCCCAGCCUCCACAUGAGUGCAGCUGCAGCCUCCAGAGAUAUAACACUGUUCCAUGCUAUGGACACAUUGCAGAAGAACAGCUAUGACCUGGCCAAAGCCAUGUCCACCCUGGUUCCUCAGGGCGGCCCGGUGCUGUGUCGGGAUGAGAUGGAAGAGUGGAGCGCAUCAGAGGCCAUGCUGUUUGAGGAGGCUCUGGAGAAAUAUGGCAAAGACUUCAAUGACAUCCGUCAGGACUUUCUGCCCUGGAAAUCUCUGGCCAGCGUAGUCCAGUUCUACUAUAUGUGGAAAACUACUGACCGCUACAUUCAACAGAAACGACUAAAGGCAGCAGAGGCAGACAGCAAGCUCAAACAGGUGUACAUUCCCACCUAUACCAAACCCAACCCCAAUCAGAUCAUGAUGCCAGGCAGCAAGCCCGGUUUGAAUGGAGCUGCUGGCUUUCAGAAAGGACUGAGCUGUGAGAGCUGCCACACGGCGCAGUCUCCUCAGUGGUAUGCCUGGGGCCCUCCUAACAUGCAGUGCAGACUUUGUGCUUCUUGUUGGAUCUACUGGAAGAAAUAUGGAGGUCUGAAGACCCCCACUCAGAUAGAAGGAGCAGCCAGAGCCGGCUCUGAGUCAGGCCCUCGCGCUCACAUGACCCGCCAGGAGGUCCAAGGCAUGUCGCCGUUCACUCGCAACGAGGGCCGAGCCAAACUGCUGGCCAAGAACCGCCAGACUUUCAUCCUGCAGACCACCAAGCUUACUCGGGUGGCACGGCGGGUGUGUGAGGACAUCCUGCAGCCACGGCGUGCAGCACGUAGACCUUAUGCCUCCAUCAAUGCCAACGCUGUCAAGGCUGAGUGUAUGAUCAGGCUGCCCAAAGCCACCAAAUCUCCUUUAAAGAGCAAGGUGAUACCACGACAGUCUCUGGCCACUAUAGUGAAGGAUUUAGCCAUCUCAGCUCCUCUGAAACUAAAGGCAUCCAGAGGUCCUCCAACACCCAUCAACAGGAACCAGGUCAGCCAGCCUCGAGUGGCCCAGAGCCUGCUGGGAAAGAGAGGCUUUGAUGCGGUUACAGGGGUGCCCUACCCAGCCAAUGGGAGGCCGUACACAUCAGGCAUGAGAACCACCUCCCAGUCAGUCAUCAAGCGGCAGAAGGUCAGCCAGGGAGAGGCUCCCAAUCCUGUGGUGUUUGUGGCCACAAAGGACACCAGGGCUCUGAGGAAACAUCUCACCCAGUCAGAGAUGCGUAGGGCAGCAAGGAAACCUCACCUCUUGGUCCGAAUCAAACUGCCACCCCCACCCCGCUCCUUGGCCAUGCCACUUCUUCCUUCAAGUACCAGCGAGCCCAUUGUCCUGGAAGACUGAAGCCUGAUGGGGGUUAUUUUAACGGGACACGGGGUUGGGGAGGGGACAGUUAAGGGUGCUGUGGCUCAGACCUCCAGGCAGCACACAUUGCCAUAAAGUACUCUCAUCUUUUAAUGUUUUCUUUAGUUCUUGUUACCUUGUUUUCCUCCCUAAAGUUGUCUUGUUCAACACACAUACACACACACACAUACACACACACACACACAGAUGACAGAAUAUUUUUUCUUAUUUAAAAAAAGCAGAUCCACAUUAACAUGCUCUCAAUCACAACGUUUGUAGUGUUUUUAUUGCAGAUCCUGGAUUAUUAAACAGCCCUUUUUAUACAAACUGUAAUUUAAAUUUCUCGCCCCAAAACGAUGAUGAUGAAGCACACUUUGAUUUUCUUCUGCAUCUCAUAUGUUUUUGUAAAUAAAUUCCCCCUCUUCAUUUCAGUCUGCUGCUGAGUGCAGUGGGAGGACUGGGUGAUUGGAGCCGUUUAGGAUGUAUGUUGGUCAGAUGUGUCCUUAGUCAGAGUGAUCACAGAGUCUGGUCCAUCUGUCAUCAUUUUAGUUUGAUCUGAGAGGUGCACAGCUUCCUCUGUGGCAUGGAAGCUUGGAGAGCUCAAACAUUUGAGCUGAAAGAAAGUUAAGCUGGAAAUAGAAAUAAACUUAUAACCAAACUGAGGGGCUCAGUGUCAGCCAUCAAUAUUUAAACAAGCAGAAGGGUUUUGAAUUCUUCAGUUUUCCCUGAGCAAGUGGAAAAUGGUCCAGAUUAGCCUAGAUUCACUUUUUCCUAGUUGCCUGUUUUGAUUUAACAACUAAAUCUGGUAUCAAGGUACAUAUUUCUAAGCAACACAACUUCUUCCAGCUCAACCUGUUAGAAGUUCCACAGAAAAACAGCAGAGUCUCCUCAAACAAGCCUCCUGUUGUGUUUUGACUGCAAUCACAGCCUUAAAACCUGGUAAAGAAUCCACCUGACAUCCCUGUGAUUCUGGCACCCUGGAGGAAAAGGGCAUGGCCUGUGUGUGGCUGUGCAACCUGUCGUAUUGUUAGCAUACAGCUAGCUUUUAGCUUCGCUGCAGGUGUAGAAGAGAUCUAAUGGUGACAAAAGUUGGGCGACGUUCAACUAUUACUGUUAAUCCCCCUAAUAUUGGAUUGAAUAAUGAAUGAUUUUAUGCAACCUGUCAUCUUCUAAAAAGAUUAAGCAGCAAUAAGAAAUGAACAGAGAUUUUAUUUUUCUUUUAUUUUCAGAAUGUUGACCAAGAAGUUCUUCAUGUGGCUUUAACUCUCUUCUUUACAACUGUCCGAACAGAAGCCAGAUUUCUGGUUGGGGUUUGGAUGUGUUGAUCAUCACCACCUCUAUGUGUUUAUUCAUCUUUGAUUUUAUUCCCACACUUUGUUUUAUUAAAAUGGCGAGCACUGAAAGGAAGUUGUUAAUUUGGUGCUUAAGAGUUGAUGGAAUAUCCGCAGUAACUGGGUAUUACACAGGUUUUACACAUUUGGUCCCAACGUGGACUUAGUUUUUUCAAAAAAGAAAAAUGUGUGGAGUUUAGCUUGUACAAAGCUGUGUAAAUUUUAAAAAAUUGGCUUUUUUUUUUUUUUUAAAGAAAAAGGAAAGCGUGUAACUGCUCCAUAAUCACAGAUUGCUUUUACAUGCACAAACAUGUCCCUUUCAACAGGUUUGGGGGGGGACAUUCAGAAGGGACUGUGGGCUGAUAUUUGUAAAAGGAGAGACUAACAUGCCACAAAAACUUUUCUCAAGUGUUUUUUUAUUCCGUCUGUAUCCUUAAAUGUAUCUUGUUAAGAAAAAUAAAGAUUUUCUUUUU